UUCAAAAUGGCGGCAACUUGAAGGCGUUCUAAACUUACCGAAACACAUUAGGAGAAACAUCGGGAAUUACAGCAAAUGGAGAUUCUUCCGAUACUUGAGAGGAAUGACUCACCAAAAUUAAACGUAUGGUAUGUUCUGUCACCUGAAGGUGAUGUCCCAUGCGUGAGAGUAGGUCACACAUGUAAUUUCGUUUCUGAACCUCCUCGUGUGUUGGUUAUUGGUGGCGCCAAUCCCGAUGGAUCGUUCGCUGAUGUGUAUAUAUUGGAUCUAGAUAAGUUUCAAUGGAGUAAACCAGACUGGCCAGGUAUUAGCAGUCGUUAUGAACAUUCAGCUUUUAUUCCUGAUUGUGAUCAAAAGAAAGUUUAUGUAUUUGGUGGAGCUCAGCAAGCCACAAACUUGAAUGACGUUCAAAUUCUUGACCAAGAAAAUGGCAAAUGGGAAACAGCUGAAACACAUGGAAAUACACCAUCACCAAGAACCUGCCACAGCAUGGCAUCUGUUGGCAGUAAGUUCUAUGUGUUUGGUGGAGGAUUAAGUGGUCCUGACCCUGUUCCUGAUGCAGCAAUACACGUUUUUAAUGCUGAGGACAAAAGCUGGAGUCAACCUGAUGUAAGUGGAAAUCCUCCAUGUUCCAGACAUGGUCACAUAUCAGUGGCAGUCGGAAUUUAUAUCUAUAUUCAUGGUGGAAUGGCUGGCACCAAUAUCUUUGAUGAUCUCUAUAAAUUUGACACUGUGAAUCACACUUGGAGUAAACUUCAACAAAAGGGUCAUGCCCCAUCCUCGCGCACAGCACAUGCUGCAACAUCCAUAGGAAAAAAAGUGUUUAUCCAUGGUGGAAUGAGUGCAGUGGGAGCUGCAUUGGAUGAUGUGUAUUCUUUAGAUACAGAAACCUUAAGAUGGACACAGAUAUCAAUUGACGGACCCAGUCCUGCACCACGACUUGAUCACACUCUUUGUGCAGUGGAAAUUCCUAAGCCAUCAGGUGACAGUACAGCUGAAACUGCAGAAGAAAAGGAUAGAGAGAUAUUACUGUUGGUGUUUGGUGGAAUGGACACACAAGGAGAAAUUUUCAAUGACUGCAUAGUUUUAAGACCUGAAAUUGUAAAUAAAAACUGAUAAAUUUUUUUUUAAGGAGGCUUUGUUGUGUUCAAAGAUCUGAGUGUGAAUUGAUCUGUGUAAAGUGGUAGUCAUUACUGUUGUGUAUUAGGGUUCAUUAUAUACCACUAUGGAGUAAAGUGUGCACAGACCAAGUGCUCUACAAAACUGCUUUAUUAGAAUACCAUGGAGUUUAUUACACACGAUGAUAUUGAGCAUUAUCACAUGACUGUGU